UAUUAAAUAAUUCUGAAAUAUUUUAACGGAGUUUCGAGCGAAAAUGGCUUAUCACACCGGAGGCAGCCAAGCCCAAGUACCAUACAACCCAUCAGCCCGACCCGGACCCGGCCCGGAUCAACCCCAGCUCGCCUACCCCUAUCAAACUCCACCCAACCCAUACUUACCUCAUGCCCCCGGCGGCGGCGGAAUCGGCUCGACCCCGCCGCCUCAAGGGUAUGGGUACUACCCUCCGCCGCCGCCGCAGCAGCAACAGAACGUGUACAAUUCGUUUCCGCCGGGCACAUCUCCGGAUGUAAUCAGGAAUUUCCAGAUGGUUGACAGGUACCAGAAAGGUUACAUUGAAGAGAAGGAGCUCCAGGAAGCGCUGUCUUCCAAUUACCAGAAAUUCAGCCGCCCGACUUUGCGAUUGCUCGUCUUUCUCUUCAGGAAUUCCGGCGAAUCUUCUUAUAGAAUUGGGCCGAAAGAAUUUGCGGAUGUGUGGAAUUGCCUUGGCCAGUGGCGGGCCAUGUUUGACAGAUUCGAUAGAGACCGAAGCGGGAACAUUGAUUCUGCGGAAUUGAGGGAUGCUCUGUAUAGUCUUGGAUAUGCUUUACCACCUUCUGUACUUCAAGUUCUUCUUUCCAGAUACGAAGAUGGCACCGGGCGUAGGGUAGAUCUCAAUUUCGACAGUUUUGUCGAGUGUGGGAUGAUUGUAAAGGGUUUGACGGAAAAAUUCAAGGAAAAGGAUCCACGAUAUACAGGUUCAGCGACACUAUCUUAUGAGCGUUCAUGUCCAUCGUAAUUCCUUUCAUUGUUUCUGACUAGCCCAUCGUCACUUAUAUAUAGUUUCGUCUUUCUUGAUUUGGCUUUUGGCGUUGUACAUGUAAAAGAGUGUCACUUGUACGUUAGUGUUGUGUUACUGUAUAUUAAUGUUGUCGUGUGCAUAUGGAUAAAUAUCACUGAGAAGCUA